AUGACCAUUUGGGGUGCACUGAGCCGGGGUGGGACGGGGUGGGGAGGGCAUUGGUACACCCGACCUGUACCAACCUCCAACCGGGCCAAAAAACAGAAAAGCUGCCUUAACUCGCCCGCGCGGGGGAGCUCAUUUGGCUGGGUUAACUGA